AUGAAUGAUUAAAACUAACUCCUUGAAUAUCUAUUACCAGGGCAUAUAAGAGAUAGAUUUCUGGAAAACUAAUCAAAAUCAAUUAAUUUAGUAGAUAACUUUGACAAUGUAACUAUAUUAUAUGCUGAUAUUGCGGGAUUUACGAAAUAUUCGGCUAGUGUAAAACCUGAAUAAGUAGUUUUUAUGUUAAGGGAACUUUUCACAAAGUUUGAUGAAUAAUGUUAAUAAAAUAAACUUUAUAAAUUAUAUACUAUUGGUGAUUGUUAUGUUGUUAUGAGUUUAGUCUCUAUAAGUAACCGAAAUCAUAUACAAGAAGCUAAAAAUGUUAUUAAUUUCGGAUUCGAACUAAUAAAAAUUAUAAAUUAAGUUCGAGAAAUUAUUAGUUAUAAAGAAUUAGAUAUGAGAAUAGGUAUUCAUACAGGUUCAAUAAUUGGAGGUGUUGUUGGUACAGGAGUUGUUAGAUAUGAUAUAUAUGGACCUGAUGUUGUAAUUGCAAAUAAAAUGGAAAGUAAUGGAUAAUAAAAUAGAAUUAUGAUUAGUGAAAGUACGUAUUAAUUAAUACAUGAAUCUUGCUAGGAUAUUUAUAUUUUUGAAGAUGAAAAUGAGGUUAAUAUAUCUUCUUUAAAAAAGACCAUAAAAGCAUAUUUUGUGAAGAGAUAAAAUGACGACUUGAUUUCUAAAUUAUCUGUUACUUCAAGUAAAAAGAAAUAUAUUAAUUAACAAUGA